AUGCAGGCCAAGACAGGAAGUGGCUCGGAGCAAGCCCCUCUAAUUUGGGGGGCAGUGAAGGAAUUGCAAGAGGGCUUCAACGGUCACCAGUGCUCGCUGCCCUACCUUCUUGGCGUCUUGCAGAGCCUUCAACGCACCCUUGAGGAAACGCGACACGUCUACAACAACGCGCUUAAGCAACGCGAUGAGGCUCGUGGGAAGCUUAUUGCGGCGCAGAAUAGUUUGGCGGCGGUGGAGCGGGUUGUCAGCCAGUAUGCCUCCGUAAAGGAUCCCGUGGUGGCAUCGGACGGGUUUACCUACGAGAACGUUUCAAUACGGGAGUACUUGCGGGAGUGUGCGAACACCAACACCAAGGCGUAUUCUCAGCUUACGAAGGAGGAGCUGCUAGAGGUGGUGGUCCCCAACCAAACCCUGCGGCGCCUUGUCCACAUGCUGCAGUCGGUUCGAACCAGCGAGGUACCUCCCAUAUCGCAGCGUCGCCCCAUUCCUCCCUACACGCCGCAGCAGAGUGAUGCGAACUGGAAGGGCAAUAACGCGAACAACAACGGUGCCAACAGCGGCAACGGCCUUAACUGGGCGGAUGAGGAAGUCAACCCAGGAGCAACACCCAUCCGUGUGGCGGAGUUGGAGGCGUCGCUUGCGAAGGCGGCCACUGCUGGCAGUCUCAAUGCUUCCCAAAGCAGCAAUGCUGUUCCAUCCUCCACUACCGCCAACGUCAACACCAACGUCAACGCCAAUGCUAACGCCAACACUAGCAACACAACUGGACGACGCUGGGAGACACGGCAGUCGCAGAGUGCCGGCAACGGUGCCAAGCUUUCCAAUAAAAAACAUCCCUGCCUUCGUGUCUAUGGCCACUGCAACUUCCUUGACGAUUGCGCCUUUGCAAACUACCCAUACGAAGCAUGCCUAAACAACAUCAAGGGCAAGUGCCGUUUUGGGCAGCACUGCAAGGAGCUGCACGUGAAUCCCACCCACUCUCGCUACCCGGGGCAACGCAAAAGCAGCAGCAGCAAUCAACAAUUUAACCGUGUCCUCUCACCUGUACAGGCGGAGGAAAAGGACACCAGUGUGAAGGACAAGCGGAGCACGAAGGACAAGGGGAGCAGCAAGAAUAGCAGUGCGAGGGGGGAGGCAAACAGCAAGGAAGGCGCUGGGGAGCAGCAGGAGGUGAAGUCAACGCUGACCCCGACGCCAGCGACGGCGGCCGAGCCACGGGGUGAGACAACUCCCCCUGUGGCCGAAGAGACGGUGUGA